AUUGAGAAAUUCUGCGCCACAUGUCAUAUGUGUCAAACGACCAAAGACGUCAAUCGGAAGCCCGAAGGACUUCUGCACAGCCUACCGGUGCCUGGGCGCCCAUGGAGCUCAAUUGCAAUGGACUUUCUAGGACCAUUCCCGAAGUCCAGAGGAUUCGACUACUUAUGGGUAGUUAUAUGUAGGCUAACAAGUAUGGUACACUUAAUACCGUGUACUACGAAAUCUACAGCAUCGGAAUUAGUGUAUAUGUUCGUUCGAGACAUUGUCAGAUUACACGGACUACCGGAUACCAUUGUAUCGGACCGUGACUCAAAAUUCAAUUCGAAAUUCUGGCGGGAAACGCACCGGAUACUCGGAACGAAACUGCUUAUGUCAACUGCGUUUCAUCCUCAGACAGAUGGCGCCACAGAGCGGGCCAAUCGGACCGUCGCACAGAUCAUGAGAACGCUAAUCCGGCCCGAUCAAACCGACUGGGUGGACGCGCUGCCACUCACUGAAUUUGCCAUGAACGCGGCGCGCUCGGAGACGACCGGAUUCUCUGCGUUCGAACUAACCUACGGGUACGUACCGAGAAUGCUGAACGAGUUCGGGAUGGAGUAUACAUCCCCGGGCGUAAGAGAAUUUGCAUUGCAUGCGAAACACUGUCUGGAACAGGCGCAUGACGCCAUUAUCGCCGCACGCGUGCGCCAAGCACACCACGCGAAUCGUAGAAGGCGAGACCACCAAGCCUAUCGGCCCGGCGAUCUGGUGUACGUCAGUACCGCAAAUCUAAACUUACCCAUCAAACGUGCACGUAAGCUAGCGCCCCGGUUCAUUGGACCGUUCAAGAUUAUUGAAGCAAACAAUGACGCAAGUGUUUGUCUGAUUGAUCUGCCAUCAGAUCUCAAGGCACGGCGCGUGCACCCACGAUUUCACGUCACUAAGCUUCGGCCAUACAUGCCGAAUGACGAUGCGCUAUUCCCUGGGAGGGAUCCCGCUAACUUUUACGACUUCGGCCAGGCCGAGGACUUAGAGUACGAAGUAGAAGAAAUUGUAACUCACGAAUGGCACAGGGAUAGUGUACUAUUCCUUGUGCGAUGGUCUCUGGGCGAUAGCUCUUGGGAGCCGUGGGAAAAUGUGAAGGAC